AUGGAAGCGCAGAAGGAGAAAGAAGCUCGGGUUGCUGCCUGGUUGAAAAGCAUAUUUGGAGAUCAUCCCAUUCCACAAUAUGAAGUGAAUCCACGGACCACAGAGAUUUUGUAUCAUCUUUCAGAACGUAACAAGGCCCGGGACAGAGAUGUCUCCCUAGUCAUAGAGGACUUGAAACAGAAAGCAAGUGAAUAUGAAUCAGAAGCUAAGCGUCUUCAUGACCUUCUCAUGGAUAGUGUGAAUUUUUCCCCCACCAGCCUCUCUAGUGCUGGUUCCAGGUAUCUGAAUGCUUUGGUUGAUAUCGCAGUAGUGCUUGAAACAAAGGAUACCUCACUAACUAGUUUUAUCCCUGCAGUGAAUGAUUUGACCUCUGAUCUUUCUCGCACCAAGUACAAAAAUGAAGAAAUAGAGCUUGAAUUGACAAAACUUGGAAAAAACCUAACUGCAACUUUAGUAUUAGAAAAACGUCUACAAGAGGACCUCAAGAAGGCAGAGCACCAUCUCUCUAUAGAAAAGGCCAAAGUUGACAGUCGUCUUCAAAACAUGGAUUUCCUAAAAGCAAAAUCAGAGGAGUUCAGACUUGGAAUCAAAGCUUCAGAGGAGCAACUUUCAGCCAGAGGCAUGGAUGUGUCUCUGUCUCAUCAGUCACUAGUAGCACUGUCAGAGAAACUGGAAGAACUAAAACGGCAGACUAAACCUUUGAAGAAAAAAUUGGAAUCUUAUUUAGAUUUGAUGCCGAAUCCAUCUCUUGCUCAAGUGAAAAUUGAAGAAGCAAAGAGAGAAUUGGAUAUCAUUGAAGCUGAACUUACACAGAAAGUGGAGAUGAUGGAGCUGUGA